CUGGUGCACAGCUGUUGCAGGGGGCAGUGGCAUCAAUGUUGAGACUCUCUGGGUGAGUUUUGGGGAGGGGCAAGAUGCAGCUGCCCUUUGCUGGGUGGAAUGUGGGAACAAAUAGGGGGUGGAGGCUGCAUGUAAUGAGACUGGAUCCUGCUGCAUGGAAUACAGUAAAUGGGGGGAGGGUGGGAUGCUGCUGCCCUCUGCUGGGUGGAAUGGGUACUUGCACAGCUGUUCCAGAAGCCCUGUACAGCCAGUAUCCAAGAGGGUGGAGACUCUGGGUCAAAGCUUACUCCUUUAAGAGCUGCAGAAUCCAAGUCAUGCCAUCUUUGGCAUGCAGCCCUGGAUGCUGGUGUUCAGGUGGAAGGGUCUCUGUGCCCCUUUUUUUGCUGAAAUGCAGCUGCCACUUGUCUGCAGGGAAUUAUGGCUUUAGGGCCUGAUAUUGGGGGUGGGGUGGGGGUAGUUUGGCACCAGCAGCCCUGAACAACUGUGGGUGGGGGAUGUGUGAAGUGCUGCACUUUGCAGGGUUUAGAGGUCCACUCUGACUCUGGGGGCUUUUCAACUGAAGGAGGGUAGAAUCCAGGAUUGGGCCCUCCUGUUGAAAAUAAAAGGGCCUGCUUGUACUGCACCCACUGGGAGUCUGGGGUGGGGACAGGCCUAGAGAGCAGAGGAAGAUGGGAGAGCAUGAUCUCUCCUCUCUUGGCCAUCUGAUGUUCUCAAGGUUUCCAUGCAAGUGCAGGUUAAUCAAAAUGCUUUGUGGAAAUGUCUGUUUCACCAACUGUUGAAGUGGAGGGAUGGGGGGAGAGUCAAACUCAUGGAGACCCCCACAUUCUAAUUGGGUUUAGACUUUAGUAUUUUAAAUAGAUUCUACUGUAAUUUUCAACAGGCAGUACCGUAUGUGUAUUGUUUACAUUAGUCAAAAAGUCCUUUUACUUUUGAGAUGAAACACAUGGUGAUGGUCCUGAAUCAAAUAUCCGUUUUGUGGGAAACUUUCUGAAAUUUCAGCUUUUUUGCCCCACUUUGGAAUGGGGGAAGUUUUGUAACAGUGGAAUUUUAUGCAGAGUGGAAGCUCUUAGAAUGAGGUAUUUUCACUAAUUUGGUGAGGUCACUUCCUAGGCCAGAAUUCCCCAUGUAUUCUCUAGGCUGGUAAUUUGGGGGGGUUCCCUGCUCAAGGCUGGAUUGCUUCUACAAUCCAAAACUGCUAGUGAGUUGCUGUAGGAUAAGAGAUUCUAAUAUGUGCUUUUAAGUUUUAACCCCUUCCCUGCUGCUGACUGUCACCUCCUACUGUCAGCUGAACUGAGUCUCUGAUUGGUGGGUUUUUUUGCUGACCUUAUGUCUAUCCUCCUUAGGCCUUUGUAGGGAAGCCUAGCACUGGUGUGUGUGAGGGGUGUCCCAGUCAUUAGAUCUAGCUUUGCAGCAUCUGCUGUGAGGUAAGUCUAAUUAUCAAUGGCAGCAGUGAGAGUGGCUUGCCUGAAGACAAGCGCCAGUGUCUGGUGAAAGAAGGAAUAGAACCCAGAGUCCUGACUGCCAGCCCACUGCUUUCACUAGGAGGAGACUUUGCCACCUCACUGUAGAGCCUUCCCAGACAGAGUUUUGGGUCAGAUGAGCUGCGUGGGAAUGGUAUCAGUUGGUGCUGCUCUAGCAUCAUGCCCUGUCUCCUAAUGACUGGGCACAGCGUUCAUUGGUCGCUUUCUGCUGUGGUGCCCUGAUGGCAGGGAGAAGUCUCUCUCACUUCCUCGAAUUGCCAGUUGGGAGGGGGAUGGAGUCUGGGCUUGGAAUAGACCCUUGAGCUUCCUUGGGUUAGCUUGGUCUUAAUCCAAUAACCUGCCUUUAAUUCAGUCAUCCAGCAGGGGGUAGUGCUGCUUCAUGUAAGCUUCUCCACCUCCCCACCCCAUAUCCCUGCCAUGGCCUCUGGUUAAACUGUGUAAGGAAAUCUCACUGCUAUUGGGCCUAUGCAGCUUGGUGUGAUGGGGGACCCCAGUCAGGUUGGGGAGAGCAGACUAUGCAGCACUUGGCACCCUGAGGGGCCCCAGUCUCUGUUGUGGCUUCUAGGUGCUUUCACAACAUAAAAUGGAGCCUAGGAGCUAGUGCAAGAGAUUGGAACCUAGGACACCUGGGUUCUAUUCCUGCCUCUGCCCCAGAUGCCCUGAGAGAACUCAAAUGAGUCCCUCUCUCCAUCCCUUCCCCCACCAUACAAUGGCUAUUUCUUCUCCCCCCUUUCAUCUGUUCAGACUGCAAGCUCGAAUGGCAUGCUUGGGGCACUGAUCUGAGUUAGGGUUCUUUAGAUGUUGCCUUGAUAAUAAUGUACAUGCCACGGUGGGGCACUAAGUGCCAGUUGGUGCCUCUAGGCCAGUGUUUCUCUGCCUAUUUACCAUUGUGAGCCACAUACGCAGGUUUCUGUUUUAAUCUGUAUGGCCCUGAGGAUGUCACAUGGGCCACAAAUGUGUGCUGAUUGGGUCACAAGCAGCCCAUGGUGGGCUGUGGGUUGAGAACACACUGUGGGCUCUAGCAGUAGCAGGAUAGGGGCUAGAGAGGGCUGCAUUGGCCUUAAUAGCUGAACAGCUGUCUGCCCCUUGCCCGGGUGGGGAGCUGAGAGGGGUCUGCCUGAGACCCUCCACUUUGCUCCCAGCCCCAGACUGGUCACAGUCCAACACCAGUUUCUUUCAGUGCUUCCUGACCCAGUGUGAGAUGAAUUUGCUGGGUCUCAUCUGGGUUCCCCGGGAGGCAGGGGUCUAUCUCAGCCUGGCCCUCAUGGGCGGGGGGGGGUGGGCUGGCUCCUCCAUGGCAGAGCAGAGGUGGGGAGAACAAGCAUAUGCCAUACCUCGCUCCUGCCAUCUUCCUCUUUUUCAUUCUAAUCUUAAUCUCUCUCCUCCUCUGUCUUUUCCUUUCUCCCUCCAGGGGCUCUCCUGUCUGUCCAUCCACCCCUAGCCCUGGCUGGCUGUCGCUCCCCCUCACCUCUUCAUCCCUCUCUUGAGCCAGGCUUCCCUGAGCCUCUCCCUGUUCGCAGCUUUGGCUCUCCAGCCAUCCCCCUGCCCACCCCCUCUAGUUUCCAUUGCCCUCUUCCAUCUAUCCAUCCCUCUGCACGUGCGCCCCUCUCUCCUGCCAUCCAUCUGUCCAUUCCUCCCCAUGCACACCUUUCUCUCCUCUUCCCACCCCCCCCCCCCCGCCCGGCUCCUGUCUGUCCGUCCGCCUCCCUACACAUCCGUCUGUCCCUCUCCAUUCCUUCUCCUGUCUUUCUCCAGCCUCGGGGGGGCGUGGAGCUGUCAGAGCACAUCUGGCACAGCUGGCCCCGCCCCUUCCCCACCUGGCCCAGGUGUCGGUAGCUCCCUCCCCAUUGGGGGCCGGCCGGCAGGGGCGGGGCCCGGGCCCGGGCUGCGGGGAGUGGGGAAGGGCAGGCAGGCAGCGAGGCUGGAGCGGCCGGAGUGGGGCAGCAUGUGCAGCCCGGUGGAGCGGCGCCUGGCCGGCCUGCGGGAGCUGCUGCAGGGGCCCGGGCUCGAGUCGCUGCUGGACGUGCUGCUGUGCCUGUACCGGGAGUGCAGCGGCGCCCCCCUGCGGCGGGAGCGCAGCGUGCAGCAGUUCCUGGAGUGGGCCACCCCGUUCGUCACCAAGGUGAAGGAGAUGUGCCUGCGCCGGGAGGACUUUGAGAUUCUGAAGGUCAUCGGGCGAGGGGCCUUUGGCGAGGUGGCAGUGGUGAGGCUGCGGAACAGCGAGAAGGUUUAUGCCAUGAAGAUACUGCACAAGUGGGAGAUGCUGAAGAGAGCGGAGACAGCCUGCUUCCGGGAGGAGAGGGACGUACUGGUGAAAGGGGACAGGCAGUGGAUCACUGCCCUGCACUACGCCUUCCAGGAUGAGCAGUACCUGUAUCUAGUGAUGGAUUACUACGUGGGUGGGGAUCUGCUGACCUUGCUGAGCAAGUUCGAGGACCGGCUGCCCGAGGACAUGGCCUGCUUCUACCUGGCUGAGAUGGUCCUGGCCAUUCACUCCAUCCACCAGCUGCAAUACGUGCACAGGGACAUUAAGCCAGAUAAUGUCCUGAUUGACAUGAAUGGACACAUCCGCUUGGCUGACUUUGGCUCCUGUCUUCGACUGCGACCAGAUGGGACGGUGGAGUCUGCAGUGGCAGUGGGGACCCCUGACUACAUCUCCCCUGAGAUCCUGCAGGCCAUGGAGGACGGGAAGGGGAAGUACGGCCCUGAGUGCGACUGGUGGUCCCUGGGCGUCUGCAUGUAUGAACUGCUCUUCGGGGAGACACCCUUCUAUGCUGAGUCCCUGGUGGAGACCUAUGGCAAGAUCAUGGACCAUGAGGACCACCUGCAGUUCCCCACAGACAUCACGGACGUGUCGGAGCCAGCCAAGGACCUGAUCCGGGGGCUGCUGUGCCACCAGGAGCUGCGACUGGGGCAGAACGGCAUUGAGGACUUCAAGCGGCACCCCUUCUUUGAAGGCAUCGACUGGGACAACAUCCGAGCCAGCACGCCCCCCUACGUGCCUGAGGUCAACAGCCCCGCAGACACCUCCAACUUUGACGUGGACGACGACACACUCAAGGAGUUGGAGACACUGCCCCCUGUUUCUCACAGUGCGUUCACUGGCCACCAUCUUCCCUUUGUGGGGUUCACCUUCACCUCUGGCUGCCCCGUCUCUGAGCAGAAGCCCCCAUCCCCUUCCACAUCCCCUGCCGUGGCCCGGCUGGAGAAGAAGAUCCGGAACCUGGAGCGGGAGAAGAUGGAGCUGGCCCGGAAACUUCAAGAGAGCCAGUCGGAAGCCGAAGACACGAUAAAGCAGCGGCUGGAGGGGGAGGCGUCUGGGCAGGUGAAAAUCCUGGAGAAGCAACUGAAAUCGCUCAGACAGGAGAGGGACGAGGCCCGUAAGGAACUGUCGGAGGCCCAGGAGCUGCUGAAGGCCCAGGGCCAGGAGCUGCAGGAGCUCCUGGCCAGGCAGAAGCAAACGGCAGAGGAGCUGCGCUGCGCUGAGGCCAAGUGCGGGGACCUGCAGGCCCAGCUACUCCGGCAUGUGCGCCAGCUGCGGGAACGGCAGGAGGAGACCGAGGCAGCUGCCCGGCGUGUGGACGGCCUGCGCAAGGAGCUGGCACGGGUGGAAAGUGGGCGCAAGGAGCUGGAGUCUCGGGUCAAAGGUCUCUCCAGCGAAGUGUCCAAGCAGCAGAAGCUGAAGGAGAGAAGUGAGCAGCAGGCGAGGAAGAUGAGGCAGGAGCUGGAGGGGCUGAAGGCGAAGCAUGGCACAGCCUCUCUGGACCCUGCCGGCCCCAACCACACCAAGGACCCCACGCUCCCGCGAGGGGACCUGCAGCCCAAGGGGGAGCAGAGGAGCCUUCAUGAGCCACUGCAGCAGAGGGAGAGCCAGCAGUGGACUCCACAGGCUGAGCUUGCCCCGCUGCAGGGAAAACUGGAGAAAGCCAGGAAGGAGAGUUUAAGGGAACACGAGGAGCUGACGGACCAGAACGAACGGGAGAGGACUUGGCUGCAGGAAGAGAACAGUAAAUUCGCCCAGGAAAAGGAGAGGCUCCUAGGCCAGGUGGAUAAGCUAAAUAUGGCCAACAGGCAGCUGGAGCAGGAGCUGCGCUCACUGGAGGACCGGAGAGAAACAAUCACUAACUGGGAGGCCCAGAUCUCUGACAUCCUGAAGUGGGUCAGUGAUGAGAAGGAGUCCAGGGGCUAUCUCCAGGCUCUGGCCACUCGCAUGACCGAGGAGCUGGAAUCCCUGAAACACAUCAGCACACAAACGUCAGGUGCCCGGACCCCGGACAAUCACUGGAAGGCCAGGCGCCUGCAGAAGAUGGAGGCCUCGGCCAAGCUGGAGCUGCAGUCAGCACUGGAAGCUGAGAUCCGGGCCAAGCAGGGUGUCCAGGAGGAGCUGACUGAGAUGAAGGCUGCACACCUGGCCACCGAGCGGAAAUUGCAAGAAGCCGAGGUGCAGAACCGGGCCCUGCAGCUGGAGCUGGAGAAGCUGAAGGAGGAGCUGAAGGUCAUGUCUGUGGAGGGCACAAAACAACAGGGGCCACUAAUUCCCUUCCUAUCAUUCUGGAGUGCAGAGAAGGAUGCGAUCAGUUUUGGGAGCCCCCCAGACACUCAGGAGAAUCGGAGAUCGGCCGAGGAGGCCCAGCUGCGCCCAGAAGGGAGGAGAAGCCUCCGAGCCAACCCGGCUCAGUCCAAACCCCCAGCACAGGUAGCUGUUGCUGCAGAAGGAAGCAGCUCAGGUGCACUCAAGCCAAAGUCUCACAGCUUCAAGAUGCGGAGCUUCACCGUGCCCACCAAAUGCAUGCGCUGCACCGCGCUCAUGGUGGGGCUGCUGCGCCAAGGCUACGCCUGCGAGGCUUGUAACUAUGUCUGCCAUGUGUCCUGCGCUGAGGGAACAGCCGUCUGCCCCACACCUCCCGAACAGCUGCGGAAAACCAUGGGGGUCAACCCCAUUACUGGGACAGGCACAGCAUUUGAGGGAUAUCUGUCGGUGCCGAAGCCAGCGGGGGUGAAGAAGGGCUGGCAGAGGGCAUUCGCCUUAGUCAGCGACUUCAAGCUCUUUCUUUAUGACGUGCCAGAAGGCCGGGGCUCCCUGUGCGGCGUUAACGUCAUGCAGGUCGUGGAUAUGAGGGACGAACAGUUCUCGGUGACUUCGGUUCUGGCCUCAGACGUCAUCCACGCCAGCAACAAGGAUGUGCCCUGCAUAUUCCGGAUUACAGCCUCCCAGUUGGCCGCGCCCCCCAGCACCAGCUCCCUGCUGCUCCUUGCUGACAGUGAGGCCGAGAUGAAGCAGUGGGUGCAGGUGCUGGUGGAGCUGCACCGGAUCCUGCAAGAGAACCGGCACCAUGACCGCUCCGUCUAUAUCCUCAAGGAAGCCUAUGACAACGGCCUGCCGCUCAUAUCACAGGCCCUCUCCGCUGCUAUCAUUGACCGGGAGCGGAUCGCGCUGGGAACUGAAGAGGGGCUGUUUGUGAUUCACCUGCACACCAAUGAGGUGCUCCAGCUGGGCGACUGCCGGCGGGUCCAGCUGCUCCUGAUCUCCCCCAAGGCCCAGGUGCUCUCGGUCCUGUGCGGCAAGAACCACAGCGUGCGCCUCUUCUCCUGGGUCGAGCUGGAGACGCCAGAGUCCCCGGGGACCAAGAUCGCCGAGACCAAGAACUGCCAGACCAUGGUGUCGGGGCUGAUCUGCCGGGGAACCACCUCUGUGCUGUGUGUGGCCUCCAAGCGCCAGGUGCUUUGCUACCAGCUCACCCCCUCCCGGCCCCACUCCCGGCGCAUCAAGGAGAUCCAGGCCCAGGGCUAUGUGCAGUGCUUGGACAUCAUGGGCGACCGGCUCUGCAUAGGCUACCCCUCGGGCUUCUCCCUCUACCCCCUGCUGAACGAGGGGGCGCCCAUCCACCUGCCCCACCCCGAGGACCCCCGUGGAGUGGCCGUGGCCCAGAUGGAGGCCCUGCGGGCCGUGGAGGUCAGCCUCAGUGAGCUGAUCCUGUGCUUCAGUGGGCUGGGGCUCUACGUGGAUGGGCAGGGCCGGAGGACCCGGCAGCAGGAGCUGAUGUGGCCGGCGACCCCCCUGAGCUGCUGCUACAGUGCCCCCUACCUGAGUGUGUUCAGUGAGAACGCCCUGGAUGUGUUUGAUGUGCGGAAGGCUGAAUGGAUACAGACAGUCCCUCUGAAGAAGGUGCGGUCCCUGAACUGCGAGGGCUCCCUCUGCACCUACGGCAGCGAGAAGGUGCGCCUGACCUAUCUCAGGAACAAGUCUGCAGACCAGGAUGAAUUCAGUGUUCCCGAGACCACAGACAACACCCGGCGGCAGCUGGUGAGGACCAAGAACAAGCGGAAAUUCUCCUUCCGUAUAUCAGCAGAGGAGCGGCAGCAGCAGAGGAGGGAGAUGAUGCGAGACCCCAGUGUGAGGUCAAAACUCAUUUCCGGCCCAACCAACUUCAACCACCUGGUGCACGUGGGGCCGGGUGAUGGGCAGCACCGGCUGCAGGACCUGCCCACAGCACAGGAAGAGAAAAGACGGGAGUCACAGGCCAAGCUACGUCGGCGCAGCUUCCCCAAGACCCGGCCCCCAUCGUCCUCGGGCAGCGACACCGCCCUGGGGGACUCUGCAUCUGCGAAGCAUAAAUCGGGCAGCUCCAUCUCUGAUGACUCCUUCACCUCCCCACAGGGCCUGUUCACAGGCACUGACAUGCUGACGGAGAUCUCGGAUCAGACCCGCAGCCUCCACCUCUCCUUCAGCUCCAGCCACGGGAGCUCCAGUUCUUAAGGUGGCAGGACCGAUGCCACAAACCAGACCCUCUUGCACAUGAUAAUCUGUGUAUUUUAGCC